UGCUUUACAGGAUUUUCUGCAUAAUUGUGUCUCACGUGUAGAUUUGUAAGUAGGUCGCACUCGGCUCUGUUGCAUCUGCUGCAAGUUGCUAAAUGUGCUUCCAUCUUCAGUCAUCAUCUGAAUUCACUCUGAGCUUUGACUCCCAUUCCGCACACAAUCACCUCACGGUGCCUCAUCACAUCUCUUUCCUCUCUUUUCAUUCUCUCCAUCUUCCCUCCACCCUCUGUGCCUCUCCAUGCUGUCAUUUUUUCCCCAAAAAAUCUUCUCCUACAUCACAUCUCCAUUCUCCCAGUCUCAAUUUUAGCUGGUUCAUCUCUUGUUUUGGAUCUUAUUAUUUAAUCUUUCCUCUCUCCUCUGUCUGUGUGUGUUUUCAUCUUGGAGACAGGAGUGUGCAUGCAGCCUCAAAUUUAAGUCACUGCUCUGCUUUUGCGCUCUGCGCUACGCUCCUUUCCUCUCCUCUCCCCCCUGUGCUAUACUGCGCUGUACUGCACUGCACUGCUCGUCUCCCAUCUCUCCACAUCUCCAUCCUUUUUGCUUCUCCUUGUCACUUUCUCUUCAUCCACCUGCAUUUCUGUUACACUGUUCUCUGCUCCAUCGCUCGGAGAAAUACUGUCCACUGUGGAGUUUUUUUGCGCGCCAGAACUGAGCUUAUUCCAGCCACUUUUCGGAGGAGGAAUCGCAUGCUGCUGGUGCACCAGGUUUGACUUUGCUUGGAUUCUUGGGAUCUGAAGGAGCUGGAGAAGAGAGGAAGACAGGCAGGGCAAGAGGGUGGCGAGAGCCUGGGGAGCACAGGCUUCAAGGUGGUGGAGGCGGCCAAUGGUUGUCCAUCGAGGGUCAUGCACUGGGACUUGUGUGCAUUUUGUCACUUGGAGUUGGAGAUCCUCUCCCAUUUUUGCCCCCUUGGUGGGGCAGCGUUAAUCCUGGUGCCGGGAGAAGCUACCAGGCACCAGUGGCUGCAGUGUGAAGAUUGGACACCAUGAACCAGCUGGACGCACCACGGCCACUCAACUGGACCAUCAGAAAACUAUGCCAUGCAGCGUUUCUGCCAUCUGUGCGCCUGUUAAAGGCACAGAAGUCAUGGAUAGAAAGAGCGUUCAGCAAGAGAGAAUGUGUCCACAUCAUAGUGAGCGCCAAAGACCCCCAUAGGUGCUGUUGCGGUCGCCUCAUAGGUCAGCAUGUGGGUUUGCCGCCUGGCAUUUCAUCCAGUCAGAAUGACAAAGCAGAGCGCAUGGCCAAGAAUGACAGCCUGUCGGAGAAGUGGUCAAUCAGCAAACACACACAGCUCAGCCCUACUGAUGCAUUUGGCACAAUUGAGUUCCAGGGAGGGGGACACUCCAACAAAGCCAUGUAUGUGCGAGUGUCUUAUGACACCAAGCCUGACCUGCUCCUCCACUUGAUGACCAAGGAGUGGCAACUGGAUCUCCCAAAGUUGCUCAUCUCAGUUCAUGGGGGUCUGCAGAACUUUGAAUUACAGCCUAAACUCAAGCAGGUCUUUGGUAAAGGGCUCAUCAAGGCUGCCAUGACAACAGGAGCGUGGAUAUUUACUGGAGGAGUCAACACGGGUGUGAUUCGCCAUGUGGGUGAUGCGCUGAAAGACCACGCCUCCAAGUCAAGAGGAAAGAUCUGCACCAUUGGUAUUGCUCCGUGGGGCAUCGUAGAGAACCAGGAGGAUCUUGUUGGCAAAGAUGUGGUGCGUCCAUACCAGACCAUGUCCAACCCUCUGAGCAAGUUGACGGUCCUGAACAGUCUCCAUUCACACUUCAUCCUUGCAGACAAUGGCACCACAGGAAAGUACGGCGCUGAAGUCAGACUGCGGCGUCAGCUAGAAAAACAUAUCUCCUUGCAAAAGAUCAACACACGUAUUGGUCAAGGUGUGCCAGUAGUCGCUCUCAUAGUAGAGGGUGGCCCGAAUGUGAUCUCCAUCGUGCUUGAGUACCUUCGGGACACUCCUCCAGUCCCGGUGGUGGUGUGUGAUGGCAGUGGAAGAGCCUCAGACAUCUUGGCUUUUGGACACAAAUACUCUGAAGAAGGAGGUAUAAUUAAUGAGUCUCUGAGAGACCAGUUGCUGGUGACCAUCCAGAAGACUUUCACCUACAGCCGCACGCAGGCCCAACAUCUGUUCAUCAUUCUCAUGGAGUGCAUGAAAAAGAAGGAGCUGAUAACAGUUUUCCGGAUGGGCUCAGAAGGUCACCAGGAUAUUGACCUUGCAAUCCUGACUGCAUUGCUCAAAGGUGCCAAUGCCUCAGCCCCUGACCAGCUAAGUUUGGCCCUUGCCUGGAACAGAGUGGACAUCGCACGCAGUCAGAUCUUCAUCUACGGACAGCAGUGGCCUGUUGGUUCCCUGGAACAGGCAAUGCUCGAUGCCUUAGUUUUGGACAGAGUGGAUUUUGUCAAGCUGCUGAUUGAAAACGGAGUUAGCGUGCAUCGCUUCCUUACGCUUUCACGACUGGAGGAGCUUUACAACACGCGACAUGGACCAUCAAACACGCUGUACCAUCUUGUCAGAGACGUCAAAAAGCGAGAAUAUCCAGGGUUCAGUUGGAUCUACUUCAAGGGAAACCUGCCCCCGGACUACCGCAUCAGCCUCAUCGACAUAGGACUGGUAAUUGAAUACCUCAUGGGGGGAGCAUAUCGGUGUAACUACACUAGGAAGCGAUUCAGAACUUUAUACCAUAACCUCUUUGGACCUAAAAGGCCCAAAGCACUGAAACUGCUGGGGAUGGAGGAUGACAUGCCAAUCCGCAGGGGCCGCCAGAAGACAACACGUAAACGAGAGGAAGAGGUUGACAUAGACUUAGAUGAUCCAGAAAUCAACCACUUCCCUUUUCCCUUCCAUGAGCUUAUGGUGUGGGCGGUGCUCAUGAAACGCCAGAAAAUGGCGCUUUUCUUCUGGCAACACGGGGAGGAAGCGAUGGCCAAGGCCUUGGUGGCAUGUAAGCUCUGUAAAGCCAUGGCACAUGAAGCAUCUGAGAACGAUAUGGUGGAUGAUAUCUCCCAAGAAUUGAACCACAACUCCAGAGAAUUUGCUCAGCUGGCAGUGGAACUCCUAGAUCAGUCCUAUAAACAGGAUGAGCAGAUGGCCAUGAAGCUGCUGACCUACGAAUUGAAAAACUGGAGCAACGCCACCUGUCUGCAGCUGGCAGUUGCUGCCAAACACAGAGAUUUCAUCGCACACACCUGCAGCCAGAUGCUGCUGACUGACAUGUGGAUGGGACGCCUACGCAUGCGCAAGAACUCAGGCCUUAAGGUCAUCCUAGGCCUCCUUUUGCCCCCAUCUAUCUUGAGUCUGGAAUUCAAGAACAAAGAUGAGAUGUCCUACAUGCCUCAGGACCAAGAGGCUUACCUGCAGGAGAAAGAGGAGGAGGAGCCAGAGAAACCAGUGAAGGAAAAGGAGGAGGAAGACAUGGAGUUCACAGUAAGAUCUUACUGUGAGACGCAGUACAACUCCGUGGCGAUGCUUGGUAAGGUAGCCACAGACACAUCCAGAAAGAAGGAUGUUGAAGAGGUUCAGAGCCGCCACCGCCUUAUCCCUUUGGGACGCAAGAUAUACGAGUUCUACAACGCUCCGAUUGUCAAGUUCUGGUUCCAUACGUUGGCAUAUGUGGGAUAUCUGAUGCUCUUCAACUACAUUGUCUUGGUCAAGAUGGACCUGUGGCCUUCUCCUCAAGAGUGGAUUGUCAUUGCUUAUAUCUUCACCAAUGGCAUUGAAAAGAUGAGAGAGAUUCUUAUGUCAGAGCCGGGAAAGCUGCUGCAGAAGGUGAAGGUCUGGCUUCAGGAGUACUGGAACAUCACUGAUCUUAUGGCCAUCCUCAUAUUUUCCGUGGGCAUGGUUCUGCGUCUCCAGGAGCCUCCGUUCAUGAGCUAUGGGCGGGUAAUCUAUUGUAUCAACAUCAUCUACUGGUACAUUCGGCUGCUGGACAUCUUUGGAGUCAACAAGUACCUGGGUCCCUAUGUGAUGAUGAUAGGCAAGAUGAUGAUCGACAUGAUGUAUUUUGUGAUCAUCAUGCUGGUGGUGCUGAUGAGUUUUGGGGUGGCACGUCAGGCCAUCCUUAAUCCGAAUGAGGAUCCGUCCUGGAUGCUUGCUCGGAACAUCUUUUUCAUGCCUUACUGGAUGAUCUACGGAGAGGUGUUUGCAGAUCAGAUUGACCAUAUGCAUAGUAGGAAGUUUCAGCAAAGGCUGAUUGAAAAAGUCUGGCUGGUCGAAAAUAGCUUGCGAACUCACGGACCCUGGCGUAGUAACGGUCCAUCCCGCUUUCCCCAGUGCAGUCAAAAUCCCACUCCCUGUGGGCAAAACAUCACCACAGAUGAUGGGGUAGUGGUGGCCCUGCCUGCCUGUAAGACUGGUGCUUGGAUAGUCCCAGCUAUCAUGGCUUGCUAUUUGCUGGUGGCAAACAUAUUGCUGGUCAAUCUACUCAUAGCUGUGUUCAAUAAUACAUUCUUCGAGGUGAAGUCCAUUUCCAAUCAGGUCUGGAAGUUCCAGCGCUACCAGCUAAUUAUGACCUUCCAUGAACGGCCAGUCCUUCCUCCCCCACUCAUCAUCUUCAGUCACAUAACCAUGGUCCUAAAACAUCUGUGCUGUCGCUGGCGCAAGCACGACGAUGACGAGAGAGACUAUGGGCUAAAGCUUUUUAUCACAGAAGAUGAGCUGAAAAAAGUCCACGACUUUGAGGAGCAAUGCAUAGAGGAGUACUUCAGGGAGAAAGAUGACAGAUUCCACUCAUCUAACGAUGAGAGGAUAAGAGUCACUUCUGAAAGGGUGGAAAAUAUGGCUAUGCGCUUGGAAGAAGUUAACGAGAGGGAGCACUUCAUGAAGGCAUCCCUGCAGACUGUUGAUAUCCGUCUGGCCCAAAUGGAGGAGCUAAUUGGACGCAUCGCUGUUGCGCUGGAACGUGUGACAGGUGUUGAACGGGUCGAGGUCGGCAAAGCACGUUCCCGGACUUCAUCUGACUGCACAGAUUCUGCAUAUAUACUGCGCCAAGCCGAGUGCCAGGAUACAGCAUACAUCCUCCGCCAAAGCAGCUUCAACAGCACAGAGGGGAACACCUACCGCCUGCAAGAAGCUUUGGAAGGAACGGCUGAGGGUUCCAUGUCCCCUCCUUCUCCCACCACCACAGGCACGCGAGCACGGAGCCACUCCUUCUAUGUUGGAGGUGGCCGUGGGGCUGAGCGUGUCAGAGGACCUGAAGGAGCUGAAAGCUUCUUCAAAGAACGCUCACUCAGUCUCCACAGAGCAAACAGCUCACAAUCUGUGUCCUCAGCUGCCGCCCCCAAGGAGUCUAAGCCCCUCCCACUGGCCACACUGUCGGUUUCCCAGCAGCACCGUCCGUCAUCAUGCAUCGAUAUCUACGUCUCAACGUCUGAGGAGGUGGGGCCUGCAGAGGUCUUUCUUGACUCUCUUCGUGUGAUCCCACCUCUCCAGAGAGAAGCCUCGCUGCAGUCAGAUAUCAUGGAGACGGUGCUGCCGGAAGGCCGUGGGUUCGGCAGUACUGCCACAAGCGGUUUGGGCGACAGGCACUCGGAGGGCGGUGUGGGCAGCAGUGGAACAACUGGAGCUAUGUUUGACGACAGUGCAGCUGCUGACUUGUCGCUGUGCUCAGCACACCUUUUACCAGACACCACCCUACCUCCUUGGGAUAUGGAACCAUCUCCACCUCCCUCAGCUGGGCUGCUUGAACGUUCAAAAAGCAGCCGCUACCUCUCCACAUCAGGCACAGCCUUCCUGGAUGAGCCUCCUCUGGUCAAGUCCCACAGCCUGAUGUUCACACCCAGAGGCUGUUAUGGUGGACUGGGGGCAGGAGUCCAGGUAAAGGCUACAGAGUACACCAGCAUCACUGACUGCAUUGAUACACGCUGCGUCUCGGCUCCAUACACUCCUGCAGAAUGCUCACACUCACCAGGUGGUUCCACAUCAUUCCCCUUUGAUAAGCCGUCAGACAUCAGUUCCUCUUAUCCAGAGAGAGAGGCAGAGCUUAGUCACACGGAGUCAGAUCCAGAGGAUCCUGAAGACAUGAUUCCAGCCUCUGACACCCAUCGCCACAGUGGUCUUGGUGGGCCUAGCACAGCCCCUCUCUGCUCUCACUUCUCCAGACUGGAGCGUGCAAACAGUUGCUCCUCAGAUGACUCCCAUCCUUCUCUCACUCGGGCACCUCCACACCGGGAGAAGCUGUCAGUGAGCGAGAGGAUGGAGAGAGGACAGAGUUUGGGAGCAGAAAGGGGGCCUGGGCCUGGGGGGCGGGGUCUGGCAGGACCCAGAAACCCUUUCCUCAGGAGCAAAUCUGGAGCAAGGCCUGAGAAGACUGAAAGCCUCGCCAUAAGAAAGCUUGCUGCUCCGUCAGCCUUUCGCAGCUUUGAUAGACAAAACUACACGUGACAAGGACGUGCGGGUGAACUGACACACUAACAACGCCAGCGUGAAAAACGCGAAAGGGUAAAAGUGAAAGCAGGGUUAAGCUGACUGUAGUUGCUUCUCUGGACCCGAUCUACAUUUUUUCUUCAAAUUACAUUUAAGUUAAGAAGCGUUUAUAUAUAGUUAGAUAAGAAGGGAUGUUUCACCCUGAAGAAUCAAAGCAACAGACGAUUUAGAAAGGUCCUGUGUACACCAGUAAUAUCAAAGAGCUAUGAAUCUAGACUAGUUUUUACCUCUUGUAGCUAUCUUUCAAUGGGGUGUUAUGGCAAUGGAAGGUGUAACUGUAUUGUGUCUUCCAUGAAUCAACUUUACAUCCAAUAGACAUCUGUCACUGUGUUGCAUCACUUUUCACUCAUGCUAGUCAGACAAAGUGUCCUGUUACUCCUAGCUGCAUUGUGGUAGACACUGUCAAGUCUGAAAGGCAAGAAGCAGAGAGAAGGAAAUAAAAGGUCCAUACCUAAUUUUGCCAUCUUGUCUUGACAAUUUCACCACAAGUAUUUUUGCUCUUAAAGCAUUUCCUGGUCAUACCACGCUGUCUGCUCGCAACAGCUUACCUCUACAAACACAAAGCAAAAUUUUCAGUUACUAAGGAUUACUUUACUUUUUUUCAUAAAUAUGAUCUCACAGAGGUUUUCUAUGAAUUUAGGAUUAGUUAAAAAAAAGCCUAUUUUUGUCUUUCAUUUCCUUUCUCAUUAACAACCAUAUAGAAUUAAGGAUAACCUUUGUUUUGAAGGCCAAAUCAUACAAAUUGGUCUCUCUUGAAAAAAGAUGUGGGCUUUCUGCUAACACACUGCAUCUGAAACAUCUCCCAUCAGUCUUGAGUAGUACUGAUAGUGGAGAGCUUUGACAAGUCACGUGCAAUUCUAAAAGUUGGUCUGUAGAGGGCGCUAUCCGCUAGUGGAAGACACCAUCCCAGUGGGACAAGUGGGUCUGCUUUGCCUCCUCUCCUGACACCAACAGUCUUUUCCAUCAAUGGCUUAAGCUGUCCUCAAGCCCUUUUUGUUGCAGGCUUUUUUAACUGCAUUAUCUUUGUUAUUUUUCACACCUAGUGGUUCCGUCCUUCAUCGAUUCCAAGCUCUUUGUUUUAUUUCAUUACAGUCUCUAUUCACUAAUAAAAUAAACCAGGGCAAAAAAGGAGUCACUUAAGAAAAGACGGUCAUUUAAAGGCUUAGCCAGCUGUAAGUGGUGUACAGGUGACAAAGAUUUCACAGAAGAGAAGCUUCUCUGCAAAUUCACUUUUUAAAAAGCUUGAGAAACAGCUGUCACGCUGAUGCGUUCUGGUUGACAUUUAAGAAUGGCAUGCAUGUUCAGUGACGCGAGGAGGAAAAGACAGAGUUGCAAAUAUUAAAAACAUUUUAAAUAAGGUAUGGGUUCAAUGAUUUUUUUUUUUUUUUAUUGUGUUGGAAGAUUUUGAUCAGGAGAGAACAUGCUUUUCUCAGACAGUUUUGUAAAGAUAACUUAGAUGAAUAAUACAACUUUUUUAUUGUAUUGUUUUAUAUUUUCUUGCUAUUACAAUUUCUUUAAAUUAUGUUGCAUUUCUUUUCAAAUGACGCUCUAUUUAUUGAUACUUAUCAUUAGUGAUAAAUAAAGUUAUACCUGUUUGAAUUACAAAAUCAAUAUUUAUAUCUUCUCAGUGAUAUUUUUGUCAAAUUUUAAGUAUUUUCUAAUUAAGCCUUUAAAAAAAGAUGACCAUCUACAUGCACUUAAUGACAAUGUAUAAUAUUAUUUAUUUAAUAUAAAGAUAUUAGUCUGGAAUACUGUACAUUUAAAUCAUAUUUAAAGUAUUUAAGGUAGUUUUUAUUGUGUGUUUUAUCAAGGAACCUAUGAGAAUUUUCUAAUGUUGACAUGGCAAUACUCAAUUGCCAUUAUACCAAACUUAGGGUGCCUUUUGGGCAUGAAUGGAGUAUGUGGGGACUGAUGUGAUUCAAAAAUCCUGUGAAAUUUCUCAUUUGUGUUUUUUUUUUCUCUAUUCGUAAAGGCUGAACAUCAGCAAUCAUUUUCCCAAAAGCCCUUGUUGUUCUAUAUCGACACGUCUGAAGUACACAGCUGAAGCUGAUGGCAUCAUUCAUUUUUAAUUUCUAGCGAGUAAAAAAAUGCCAGAAAAUGCUUAAGGACAAAAUGUUUUAUGAUUGGGUUAGAGAGUGUGUUUACACCCAACAUCUAAAUAGGAUAAAGACAAAGCUUGACCAUUCAUACUGCCAUACUUUUCCUGUCUUGGAAACUGACUGAUCUGAUGGAUCUGUGUGACAGCUCUCAGCUCAACCGUCUAGACUGUUUAUUUGAAUAAAGGACAAUUUUUAUUAUCUCCUUAGGCACUCUCGAUGUCACCAUAAACCUUUUUUGUAUAAGCCGUUUGAUGAAAGCAUGUCGGACAGAUUUAGUUGCGGGGUGUAUAAUGGGACACAUGCAAACAAGCAGAUUUGCAGUUUCUUCAGCAAAAGUCUGGGUUACUCGAUGGUUUAAAUACGAAUAGUUUACCCCAGAUUAAAAGCUCAGGGACAUUAAAGGGAUAUUGUAAAGUCAGAAAGGAGCAUAAAGGAAGAAAUUAGGUAAGACGGGAAGGGAGGAAAUAGACAAUUUGUGAUAAAAAGCAUAAUCGAAUCACUGAUCUUUAUUAAUCUAAUUCAGAACUAUCAAAGGUCAUAAAAAGUUGUACAUAUCGAGUCGUAUGUCCUCAAACGUGGCAAUAACUUGUGAAUGAAUGUCUUCAUAGCUGCUUAAUUCACUAACUCAUAAAUGUGGAAAUAGUCAACAACAUAAACACAAAAAGAGACAUUAUUCAUUACAACUUUUUUUCUCUUUUUUGUGUGUUAACAAAUAGGACAGAGGGUUGUGGGUGUGCACAUUUUGAAUCAAACCAAAAUCUGUGAAACCAAAUGAAAACAAAGCAAAAGUCUUAUUCUGUUGUGAGCAUUGUGACACUCUAAACUAUUACACAUACCGGUUUAAAUCAUAUAUAUAUAUUUUUAAAAGAAAAAGCUAGAUUGUGAGCUUGAGCUUUGCAUGGCAAAAUAAGAGAACAGAUGGCUGUGUUAGACUGGCGCCCUCGUGUUUGACUUAGUAUCAGGAAAUUAUUUUCCUUUUACACUUUGUUUAUCCUUACAUUAAGGAAAAUCAGAUACCCAACAUGUCCGGGACAUGCAAAGACUUACACAAUCAUGUAAAAAUGAAAGUACAGCUGCUUUCAGUGAAAAGCGUGAAGAUGUGUCACAUCAUACUUACAUGCUGGGACUAAAGCAACAUCUUUUAAAAAACUGGUUUUACUUUACUGUUCCAUUGAACUACAGAGACUUGUUUUGUUGUACUUCAGUUUGUCUUAAGUCAUUAAACAUAUUAAGGAGAGAAAAUGAAAAAUAGAGAAACCCUAGAGAAGUAAGCUGCAUUGUCAAUUUAGACUGCAAUAACAAAUCUUUCUAAACUAUUGGUUAAAAUGUUCGCCAUUUUACUAAUUACUACAACAUUAUUUUACCAAAUUAAAGAACUGCAAGUACAGUAAACUUUGCUGGUCUAAAGAUUUCUAUUUACCCUUAAAAAAUGCAAAGGAGAAAAUACACCUGUGAGACUUUAAAGACAUUUUGUUUAACUUUUUAUCAAUUUGGCAAGAGCGACAGCAGAGCUGUUUGCAAGUUGAAAACACUUUUAAAAGUUGUUACUCUUUAAAGAGAUGGCUGUUGCAUCAAAGUUUAAACAAAACUCUAAAACCCAGGAGCUGCAUCUCAGAGCCUACAGGCUUCAGAUAGAAGACUAAAUGUCAAAGGUCAUGAUGAGUAAAUGUGAAGAAUUGCACAAUAUUAGCUUCUUUAAUAACUUUGUUGUAGGAAAGCUUCUUUUUUAGAAAAUUUGGGAAAAUGCCUUGCAUUACACAACUGAACCUGAACAAAGCACAAGACGUCUGGACACAGUAUCUCACCAAAAACACUUCAACUUAUUCCUUCAAAGGUGGUUCUACAAGACUAAGUCAGUCUAUCUGGUAUUUAGUUUAAUUUAUUGUUAAGCAAAUGAUCAUGUUUUGUCAUCCAUUACUGUCGUCCUUUUAGUUUAGGAUUAUCAUUAGAUCAUGGUGAGUCAAACCUAAGACUUAAGAAAAUGUUCUUUGUUUCCACAUGACUGUACAUGAUAUUAAAGGAUUCUUUGACAUGUUCACAUGACAGUUAAGAAUGGAUAUAAAUGAACGUGUGGUGAUAUGUGCAUAAGGUUUACUUGCGUGCAAAUCCAGACAGUCAGAUGACACGAAUAACAGACGAGCUCGCCACCAACACAGAAGAAUCCCAGUGUACAGCAUUUUUAAGAUAUUUUCCAGCUAUAUUGUACUGCUUUGGGUUAUCACAAGCUUUUGAGGAAAGCCAGCAGAUUUACUUCUUAAUAAACCAGUAACUCCUGGGCUAAAUGAAAGUUUCACACAUGUUUUCUCAGCAAUAAUUGCUGACUUUGUUGAAAUAAAAAAGGGACAUAUCCCUCUUCCUGUCACACCUGAUUUAUUGUCCUUUAUAUGCAUGCAGUUCUUCCACUCAGCGUGUUCAGAGACGACCUGUAAUGUCAGCUGAAAGGUAGAGAAAGAUUAUUAUAUGAAACCAGAGUAGUGAGUAUUUGAAUGCAAAUGCAAAUCUGUAUUCUUCAAUGUGAAUAGGACCAUGUAUGGCAUGCAUUGUUAAAUAAACGAUUAAAUACAUUGGUA